GGAAGAAAGUCGUGUACUUCCGCUUUAGUGAUGACUGACGUUCAGGCAUAGAGACUUGUCACGUUAGUUAAACGCAUGAAACGCUGCAAGACGGAUGCUUGCCAACUGUCACUGAUAGCCAAGGACACAUUACAGAAGGACUAAAUAGAAGUUUGUCAAAAUGAAGUGUGACCAGUUGGUUCUGUUAUCUACACUUUGGAGUUGUGUAAUAUUUGACAUCACAUAUGGAAAGGGUGACUACUAUGAGAUUCUUGGAGUUAAGAGAGAUGCAUCACAAAAGGCAAUAAAGAAGGCCUUUAGAAAACUUGCAUUGAAGCAUCACCCAGAUAAGAACAAGGAUGACCCAGAGGCAGAGACAAAAUUCAUUGAAAUUGCUAAAGCCUAUGAAACAUUGUCUGAUGAAAAGAAGAGGAAGAACUAUGAUAUGUUUGGAGAAACCGGGGAUGGACCAAAUGGAGGAAAUGGGGGACAUGGGAGAGGAGGGUUCAACUUCAACUUUGAUGAGUUUUUCAAAAAUUUUGAUGAGGCUUUUAAAGCUCAUCAGGGAGCACAUCAUCAUCACCACCAACAACAGCAUCAACAUCAUCAUCAGAAGGCACAUGGAGGGUUUGGGGGCGGUUUUUUCAACUUUGAUGAUUUCUUUGAUGACGAUGAAGACAUGUUUGGAUUCAAUACAUUCGGAGACAUGGACUCAGGUUUUGGAUUUCAUCAUAAUCACUAUACUAAAGAGGCCAAUGACCACUUCGGUCAGCAUAAUGCUUUCCAUAAGGCGCACACUGCACAUGCACAUGCUCAUGCUCAUCAAGCACGGCAACAAGCUCAGCAAGCACAUCAACGCGCUCAGCAGGCACACAAACGUGCACAACAGCAGCACGCUCAAGCACAACAGCAACAUUUUCAGCAUGGGAACCAUCAAGAUUAUCAACACAUUAACCAACACACAAGCGGCUUCGGUGGAAGUGGUCAAUCGUGUCGAACCGUCACUCAGCGUAUAGGAAACAUGGUCACAACACACACAGUAUGCUCUUGAUCCGUUCUGCAGGACAGUGGUUAAUUUAUGCAAAUUUAUGCAAGGAAGUUCUUCAUAAAUUGAACUCAAGGGACAGAGUGUGUGUUGACAGUUCCUAAACUCAUAUCUGCCCGAUGUCUUUCACAGCCUUAAACAUGGAACUCUUCCUAAGCAAUGUCCUUAUCUUCAUCAUUGUACAAUAACAGCAAACGCUCCUACAGACCAGAAGAUGGACUAAUGGCCUCAUCCUGCUUGGUAGGCCUCAGCUGAUGACGUUUUGGUGUUAUAUUUUUGAAGGUCUAAAAUGGAUUUUUACUACAUCAAAAUGGUGAUUUUUCUGUGCCUUUAAAGGGAGACAAGGCUUCACGGUUUGUUGUCAAUGCUUGUUAAGGGUCUUAGUGUUGAAGUUUGUUAAUUGAAAUUUAGAUAUUCUCACUGUUAAUUGGGGUAAUCACAAUGUUUGAUUACACAGACAAUGGUGUUUGAGUGCCUUGAAUCAAAGGACAAGAGGUGAUAAGGCCCUUUUUUUGGCACACCAUGCUCACAGGAUGUGCAUAAUUGAAGAAGUCUACUUUAGAAAUUCAUACGUCAGUGUGCAUGGUUUUCAGUUUCUGUGAAACCCAUGUUAAUCUGGAAACUGCACCUCACGAGCAAUUACUUUGAAGAACAUUAAAUUAUGUUAAAAAAACAAUGCUCUGUAAUCUUAAAAUGUGCCAAUAUGUACAUUCUCAUUGGGGAGAUCUUGCUAUUCGACUUGCUUCAAGUUUUAUUUUGAUGUUUGAAAAAUAUGCCUUUUUCAUCGAUUUCUGCCAUUUCUUUGGGGCACGGGUGGCCCAGUCGUCUAAGGCGCCGCGAUUCGCUGUGCAGAGUUGUAUCCCUUGGACAUGCCAGAAACAUAUGAUUAUAGGUUUGAAUCCUGGUUCAUUCCGAUUAUGUUUCUAGG